CUCAAAUCUCCAAAAAAACAUACAUUUAACGCAUAUAUUAAAAACAAAAAAAACCAAGUAGUACCCACUACUCUCACAAAAAAAAGCCUCUUCUUCUUCUCAAUCUCCCUUCCCUCUCUCACAGAGAAAAAGAAAAGAAAUUUAAUCUGGCCAUGGAUCCGGGAGAUCCUACUUCCAUACUUUUCACAAAGAUCAGAACUUUAGAACCCGAUUUUGCCUCCAAAAUCAUUGGUUACUUGCUCUUACAGGACUUGGGCAAGAGAGAUUUGAUGCGUCUUGCUCUUGGACCAGAGACUCUCCUACAGUCCGUUUGUCUCAAGGCUAAAUCCGCUUUGGGUCUCUCCUCCAAUGGAUCUUCCUCUGCAUCAACGCCAUUGAACCCUAUCUCCAGACCCAUCAACAUCCACCGUCAUUCCUUGUCUCAGUCUUCUCCGAGAACGUCAGGAAAUGGGUUUAUGGAGUUUUCGAGGAACCCUCUGUCUCCUUCCGUGAACACUCCUGGCUCACUCGGGACUAACCCUAACAUGAUUUCGAGCCCGUUUCAAGCAAGUUCGUCUCUUUUCGCUUCAGAUGGUGGUGGUGAAGCCAGUGGAGGAAACGGCGAUUUCCUCGAUGAGCAGCAACUCGGCAGCUACUUGUCGUUCCUCAACGAGUCUUCUUCUUCGAAGAACAACGACGAAUCUGCGGAUCCGUUUGGGUUCUCGGCCGACAAUGGCGACGCUCAUUUGCACAAGAGGAGUUUCUCAGCCAGCGAUGUCUGUUUCGGGUCAGAGGAGCCCGGUUAUGGCGGCGGCGGUUACAAUAGAUUCGCACACGGUGGUUUAGGUGAUGAUUUCGACUCUCCUGGUGGUUUUGGUUCGCCGGAUUACGUUUCCAGACAGCAAGAGGAGAUAGCGAGGAUGAAACUGGCUCAGCGGCAGAGGAUGGCUGCUGCUCAGUUCUUGGCGGCUAGUGGCUCUCCAAUGUCGUAUGAUAAAGGCAUCAAUUUCCUCUUGCAUUCGCGUAAUGCACAUAGAUCAGGAGGAGCUGGGCAAUUUGGUGAAGAGGGUUACUGGUAUGGUAGUCCAGGGAGACAUGAGAGGGAGGAGUUUAUGGGGAUGGGAGAUAAAUCCAACUCUGCUUCUAAACAGAUUUACUUGACAUUUCCAGCUGAUAGCUCCUUCACAGAUGAAGAUGUCUCCAAUUACUUUGGCAACUUUGGACCAGUACAAGAUGUUAGGAUUCCAUACCAGCAGAAACGGAUGUUUGGGUUUGUUACUUUUGUCCACUCUGAAACUGUGAGAAUCAUAUUGGCCAGAGGAAACCCUCAUUUCAUCUGCGACUCACGGGUGCUCGUUAAACCGUACAAGGAGAAAGGAAGGAUUCUUGAAAACAGGAGGCAGCAGCAACAACUGCUGCAGCAGAUAGAGAGAGGGAACUUUUCUCCUGGUUCAAGUCCAUCUGGAAUGGAUGCUAGGGAUCUCUUUGAUUGCCACCUUGCACCGAGGAUGUUUUCGAACACACAAGAGAUGAUGAGGAGAAAAGCUGAGCAAGCUGACUUGCAACAAGCAAUAGAAUUCCAAAGGAGAAGAUUUCUCAAUCUGCAGUUGCCUGACAUAGAUAGUGAGUCGUUUCACCAUCACCAGCGUAGUCUUUCUAUUGGCUCUCCUGUCCAUUUUCCCUCUCGCGUCAAUCAAAGCAUGCUCUUUCGAUCAGAAAACGCCGGUGAAGAAGUCAUAGAAGGUAAUGGUGAUUCAGGACAUUUCCAGUCUGAAGCAAACCGAGCUUCUCUGAGUGAUGCUGAUCAUAAUAACAGCGAAGAACGUGGUUACAGUAACCAUCUCAACACAGGGCAAGAGACAAGUCUGGAGAACGCUCUGCCUGAUGGCUUCUUCGCUUCCCCAUCAAAGACCGGUGAAACCCAACAGCUCGAGUCUGAGAAAGAGAACUGUGCUGCUCUCUCUGUUACUGUGGAAAAUAACGCAGCCUCAACACUUCAAUCAGCCUAGCUAUUGGGUCGAUAGAGGCAAAAGGAAACAGGUGAAUGUGGGAAGAGAAAGUAGAGACUGAUAAAAAAGCAGGAAGUAGAAGAAAUUUGUCUAUAUGUAGAAGCUAAAGCCGGUUUUAUAACAUGGAAACAGAAAGAAGGGUAGAGAGACCAGUUAGGAUUUUACAUAUCUCGAAAAAGGCGGUUGUGGAAUGCCAGUCUGCAAUAGAAUUACAACUAAGUACUAACCUCGACAGAGCAUUGAUAGGCAGAACAAUACAGUGACUGAAACCUUUAAGUUCUUAAGUUUUUCGUCUGUUCAUUGAUAUGAUUGUUUACCUUUUUACUGGCUCACAAGCCCUGGUUCUAGACAAAGCUACUUCAGUUCAGUAUAGAUAAAUAUCUUUUUCUCGAUCUUGUUCGUUUUUGAGACUGAC